ACCGGAAGUGAGUAUGAGGCAAACAUGGCGUCGACUGUUUUGGCGCUGAGGACGCGGGCAGCUGCCCUGUUGAGCCCUCCUAUAGCGGUAACUCUUGCUGUCAGAAGUGCGUCCAAGAAGACAGGUGGUAGCUCCAAAAACCUUGGUGGAAAGUCACCAGGCAAACAUUAUGGCAUCAAGAAAAUGGAAGGUCACUAUGUUCAUGCUGGCAACAUCCUUGGGACUCAACGCCAAUUUCGCUGGCACCCAGGUGCCCAUGUGGGGCUGGGGAAGAAGAAGUACCUCUAUGCCCUGGAGGAGGGGAUAGUACACUACACUAAAGAAGUCUACGUGCCCAGUCCCAAUAACUUGGAGGCAGUAGAUCUGGUCACCAGACUGCCCAAGGGUGCUGUGCUCUACAAGACUUUUGUCCAUGUUGUUCCUGCCAAGCCUGAGGGCACCUUCAAACUGGUAGCUAUGCUUUGAAGUCCUGUUUGAGGCCUUGGGCAGAGACUGGAAUCCAGGUGACAGGAGAAGGUGAUGCCAGAAGUCAAGUGUUGGGGUCACAACAGGGCCUCUGAGGAAGAGGUCUGUUGGAAGUUGACUCUGCAGGAGACUCUGAAUGACUGCCAGGACACCUUUUGGGAGAUCUGACCUGGGCCUAAAUAAAGCUUGCUGGAAUCA